CAGCUUUCAAUUCUGCUGCGUCCAAAGUUAGUUCUCCCUUGCUCACACUUCUUUCACUUCCAAGCAGCUCAUUUCACUCUCUUGCUCUAGAACAUUCUUUCUCUAUCUCUCUGCACCCAAAUAAGAAAUGGGUGAAGGAAAAGGCUCCACCUUGGUACACCUUCUUGUGGUUGUUCUUAGCCUGGUGGCCUUUGGGUUCGCCAUUGCUGCUGAGAGAAGAAGAAGCAUUGGCACUAUUGUGAAAGUUGAUUCAUCAAAUGCUACAUACUGUGUUUACAACUCUGAUGUUGCCACUGGCUACGGAGUGGGUGCUUUCUUAUUUCUUCUUUCAAGUGAAUCACUACUUAUGGGUGUCACUAAGUGCAUGUGUUUUGGGAGACCUUUAGCACCGGGUGGGAAUCGAGCUUGGUCAAUCAUCUAUUUUGUUUCAUCAUGGGUGACCUUUUUGAUAGCAGAAGCAUGUCUAGUGGCAGGUGCAACUAAGAAUGCUUAUCACACCAAGUAUCGGGGAAUGAUUUAUGCUCAGAAUUUCUCUUGUGAAACUUUGAGGAAAGGCGUUUUUAUUGCAGGAGCAGUGUUUGUUGUUGCAACAAUGAUCCUCAAUGUGUACUAUUACAUGUAUUUCACCAAGGCCACAGCCAUACAAUCUGCUCACAAAACAAACCGUGCGAGCUCAACUGUUGGGAUGGCUGGGUAUGCAUAGAUCCAACUUAUGAGCAUAGGUUUACAAGUUUUGCUUCUCGAUGUCACGAGUCUGAUUGCAAAUGUACCAUGAAACUGUUCUACUGCAGAACUGUAUUGUGCUUAUCUAGUUAUAUAUAAUAAUGUUAGGACUAACGAGUGUUGAACCUGUUGGCAUUAAUUAUAAAUGCUGAAUGAGAAAUAUAAACUUUGAAAAUGUUA